AUGCUAACGCUUACUCUUACUGCGGAUCUGACGGGCGUGACAGAGUUGAGGCCAGAUGAUACGCCAGAAGGUCCGUUCUGGUACACUUUCAAAGUUCAAUGCACUUCUUGCCGGGAGAUCCAUCCGAACUAUGUGGGCGUUAGCCGUUUUGAAGCAAAUGAUAUGAGUGGUAGUCGCGGAGAAGCCAACUUUGUCUGGAAGUGCAAAUCUUGCAAGGUACCAAUCUUCUCACAUACUCAAGAUGUAGCAUCGACUAAUUCAUCAAAGAGGGAGUCAUCUGCAACCAUCAAAGCGGCUCCAAUUGCCUAUCAGCAGACCUCCCCGCCUACUCGCCAGAAAAUCAUUGAAUUUGACUGCCGAGGGCUGGAAUUUACGGAAUUUAAACCUGAAGGAGACUGGUUGGCAACAGGCAUUGAGUCGGGAAGUAAAUUCACAGCCAUCGACCUCACCGAAGGAGAAUGGUUUGAUUAUGACGAGAAGGCCGGGGACGAGGUCAGCAUAAAGGACCUGAAGUGGGAAAUCAGAAAGGCCUGA